AUGCUUCACUUCCCGAGACAAUUUUUCCUCAUUUGCAUUUGCUCCGUGUACGCGCUGGCCUUUGCGUCUAUCAGAGCACAAGUUCGCGGUCUCUUCGGCGAAAAUGGUAUCGAGCCCGUGGACGUCUAUUUGCGCAGCAUAAAGCUCCGCUAUGCUUCAGAAUCUUUCGACACAUCGACUUUCGCUUGGAUCGUCGACAAGUUUCCGACACUUGUGUGGCUGCACGAGCCACUACAAUGGACGCCGAGCUUCUGCAUGGAAGUGAUCUGUCUGGCAGGAGUCACCACGGCGCUACUGGGCAUGAUACGGCCGGCAUGGCGUACAGCAGGACCCCUGAUAUUAAUGUGGAUAUGCUACUUGUCCGUCGUGAAGUGCGGUCAGACGUUCAUGCAGUUCCAAUGGGACUCAUUCCUAUUAGAAGUUGGGGUUCUAGCAAUCUUGCUGGCCCCAUGGUGCGUCGAUACGACGAAAUACACAUUCGAGACACCAGCAGCCGCUGUGUGGACACUGCGUUUCCUAUUCUUCAAGUUCAUGCUCAUGUCUGGCGCCGUGAAGAUACAAUCGCGCUGCCCGACAUGGCUCGAACUCACUGCACUGGACUUCCACUUCGCGACUCAGCCUCUGCCUUUACCUCUCAGUUGGUAUGCGCUACAAGCUCCCCCGCUUAUUAACCGCCUCGCAGUGGCAGUCACGCUGCUGAUUGAAGGCCCCUGGACAUUCUUCUUGAUCGCGCCUCACCCCACGCUACGGAGAAUCGGAGCCAUCCAGCAGACCGCGCUGCAGAUUUCCAUCCUUCUUACUGGAAACUACAACUUCUUCAACCUGUUGACCAUUAUCUUAGCUACAGUUCUUCUGGAUGUCGACAACGGAGCAACUGGUUGCGAGAGUGAUAUAACGUUAAGUCAACGAGAGUCGUGGAUAACUCGAGUAGAGUCGGCGUGGCAUGCAUUCCAGACACACCCACAGGUCUCAAAUGCGAUGCUGGCGUGUGCUCUCAGUUUCUGCGUCUAUACGUGGCUAGAAGUGUUUGAACUGACAAUUCAGGACGAUAACCAGACGCAUAGCUUUAUGGAACUCCUGUUAGCUACGAGGAUCCGACUUCUUCCAACAGUGGAAGAUACUCAGGCAUGGCUAGCACGGAUUCUUCCUCGUUGCACACUAUUUUCCACUGCGUUAGUGGCGUGUUCAAGCUCCUGGCAGGUCAUGCGUUGCUUCUCACAGUCAGGACGCAACUCCACAGCCAAGAAGCGACUCGUGCUGCAGCUAAUCUAUCUCCUGACAACGACAGUGGCCAGCCUAUGGGUGUUUACGAGCAGUGUGGUCACUCUUUCGGUAUUAGAUCAGUCGUUCCAGCAGUCAUUGCCUUCGUUUGCUAUCUUGGCGUACUAUUCAACCGAAAAGUACCGUUUCACCAGCGCUUAUGGCUUGUUCCGCACGAUGACUGGUGUGGGUACAGUACAACUGGAUAAUGGGCAUCAGGUUUCUGUUGUGGCCCGACCGGAGAUCAUUUUAGAGGGCACACAAGACGGCGGAUUAACGUGGACACCUUAUCACUUCAAGUACAAGCCUGGCGACAUGAAUACAGCCCCGCGGUUAAUAGCGCCGUUCCAUCCGCGACUGGACUGGCAGAUGUGGUUUGCCGCUCUAAGCGACUAUCACAGCGCUCCGUGGCUCGUACAUCUCGUGGCCAAGCUCCUGGAAGGCUCUCGUGACGUGAAAGAACUGCUCGAUACUACGCGUGACCCGUUUCCUGAUGCCCCACCGGAUGCCAUUCGAGCACAGCUCUACUACUACGACUUUACGAGGCUUGAUACGUUGUGGAAUCAAGCGCUACCCACCACCAAGAUCCUUGAUAAUAGCAAUGAUCCGCAGUGGUGGACAAGAACCUUUGCAAAGGAAUACUUGCCAGCUCUGGAGCGCGGAAACCCCUCCCUCACUGCGUUCGUGGAGCAUCACUGGCCGUCUAUUGGCUCCAAACUUCUACCGAAGACUAGCGAGGUCUCAGCGCUGCAUCACUGGAGUAACCAAGUGCUUAGAUGGCUGUGCAGCGAGCCGUGGUCGCCCGUGGGUCUCGCGGCGAGUUAUGUCCUGGCUCAGUCCGGUAUUGCAGCCAUGUUCCGCUGGAUGCGGGCAUUGACCAAGUUGAAGCUUCAGUGA